ACAGUCUCCUUCAUCAACCACGAAGCAAGCAGUUUGUCCGUGCUCCUUAACACCGAAGCCCUGUAAUUAUGAGGUUUUCUUCAUGGGCUCUGGUUUCCCUGGUGGCUGGCGUUUAUAUGUCUUCAGAGUGUUUCCAUACUGAAAUUAUUGGAGGGAGGGAAGUCCAGCCGCAUUCCAGGCCAUUUAUGGCGUCCAUCCAGUACCGCAGCAAGCAUAUUUGUGGAGGAGUCCUGAUCCACCCACAGUGGGUGCUAACAGCCGCCCACUGCUACUCUUGGUUUCCCAGAGGCCACUCUCCCACCGUGGUUUUAGGAGCACAUUCUCUUUCCAAGAAUGAGCCCAUGAAGCAGACAUUUGAAAUUAAAAAGUUCAUCCCAUUCUCACGACUUCAGUCCGGUUCCGCAUCGCAUGACAUCAUGCUGAUAAAGCUUCGCACUGCUGCAGAACUAAACAAGAAUGUCCAACUGCUUCACCUGGGAUCCAAAAACUAUCUUAGAGAUGGGACCAAAUGCCAGGUGACUGGCUGGGGAACCACCAAGCCAGAUCUGUUAACCGCCUCUGAUACCCUGAGAGAAGUCACUGUUACCAUCAUAAGUAGAAAACGCUGUAACAGCCAAAGCUACUACAACCACAAACCUGUUAUAACCAAGGACAUGAUAUGUGCAGGAGAUGCCAGAGGUCAAAAGGAUUCCUGCAAGGGUGACUCUGGUGGCCCUUUGAUCUGCAAAGGCAUCUUCCAUGCCCUAGUCUCUCAGGGCUAUAAAUGUGGCAUCGCCAAAAAGCCUGGAAUCUAUACGCUAUUAACUAAGAAAUACCAGACCUGGAUCAAAAGCAAGCUUGCCCCAUCACGUGCACAUUGAGAUUGCACAUUGAGAUUUUCCUGGAUCUGCCAGUCACUUGCUUCUUUUUCCAGGAUGCGCUUGCAGACCUGGCGUCCUCUUCAGAGGCAGCUGGCUAUAGGGAGGGCAUGGAACAGCUGGGAUGGAUUUCUGUUUCUCAGAAAUUCAUUUAGUUAGGGAGCCAUGCUCUUUUUUCACGUGUAUUAAUGAUUUGUUUUUACUGUGUUCGUUCAUCCUAAAUAAAAUGUGGACGUCUGUGUUUGUC